UUAAACUUCCUCCCUCGAACAUCUUUCUUGGCUUUUCCAUUUAGUUCACCUCAAUCGGGCUGCCUGACCAGCAAACGCGCGCGCGACAAACCGAAAUCAUCAUCCUCAAAGAAGCGCUGCCAUCAUCUUCCAGACAACAAUGCGUGGCGUCCAACCGCACGUUUUGCGACUCCUCGUUGCGAUCCUAGCAGCAGUCGGACUGCUCUUCUUCUUCGAUCCUCUCGGUUUGCGACUCGCAUCAUCGUCGGCUAUCGGCAACUUCUAUCCGUCCGACAAUCGGGCGGGCGGGUGGUUCAUGUCUUCCACGAUUACGCACAUCGUUCUGUUCAAGUUCAAGGCCAGUGCCGGUGCCGACAGGAUUCACACGAUCUCCAGUCGCUUCCUAGGGCUCAAGGAACAAUGCGUUACCAUGACACAGCAGCCGUACAUUCGCAAAAUAUCCGGCGGAAGGGAUAACUCUCCAGAAGGAUUGCAGGGCGGCCUUACACAUGCGUUCGUUGUCGAGUUUGAGACCGCCGCCGAAAGAGACUACUAUGUCAACCUGGAUCCCGUGCAUCAAUCGUUCAAGAAGGAUAUCGAGCCAUUCGUGGAAAAGGUUACAGUGGUGGACUUCACCAAUGGUGCCUUCUGAAGUCAGGAGAUGCCCGGCCGGCUCGAUCCAGUCGAGAUCAGAAAUAUCCCUUGGAAACAUCUAGUCAUCGU